AGCAGCUUGUGGUUUAUGUGGUGUGUGCUGGAGUAGUGACACAGAGGCAGCUGUGUUUAGUAAUGUUAGACCAUGUUGAAUGGAAUGAAUGGCUUGAGUGAGGGUUGAGUGAUUUGACUGAAUGAUGUGUGCAGUACAGGAAUGGAAAUAAGACUCCCAUUGCAUAGCAGGUUGAUCCGUUCCUGGUUUUGCUACAAGUUUAAUUAGACACACCUGAGCUUGUAACCUGUACAGCUGGGCUAAUUAAGCCCAUUAAAACAUGCAAUGUGUAAAACUGCUAUGCAAUAUGAGUCUUAUUUCCAUCCCUGCAGUAAGCGUGAAAGUAAGUUAAGGGUGCACAUUAUUGUUUUUUUUUUUGUUCACAUUUCACACACACACACACACACACACACACAAAACACUCAUUUUAUUACAGGUUUACAUCCACAAUUAAACUAUACCCCUGUAUUGUCACUCAGGAAGUUUUCUUCUUUUAUUUUCUGGACAUCUUUAUAGCUGCAUGUUUACAGCAAUUCUUGCUCAGUUACUUUAUAUUUUAUAUAGUUUGACAGAUAAACUAGGAAUGCCAUUUGUCCCCAUUAUUCCAGGACAUUUUAAGACAAGUCAUUUGUUUUACUCCCCGAUAAACUUGUGAACUGCUUCAUUAAAAGGUUCUGCGGGCAGUGAUUCCAUCCGGAGAGUAUUGUAUAUGGAUUAAAAUCCUACUGCCUGAAAAUGCAUGUGGUAAAAAAUAUAAAUAUUGUGCAAUUCUCUGGGUUUAAAGUCAAUUUUGAUUUAUUUGGUUUGUUACAUAUUGUUUAAAAUAGUUAAAAAAUAAGUCAAAAAUAAUGUAGCAAUGCGCAUUGAAAACAAGGGCUUUAAGGCGGACAGUGGAUUUUUAAGUGGCACAUUUUAACAUUUUGUAAAGGUAAUUGUGCACACUUUUGACAGUGCAUUCACUCAUUCACUCAAAUCAGGACUACAACUCUUAUCAAAACUGCCACACUGGUCCCAUAAUAACCUGAAACAAAUUACAUUUUAUUGUGUUCAUUGAUUUCCUGAGGCAGCCUCACGCAGUACCUAUUUAAACAGCUAUCCAGUGCCUUUAACAAUGUUACAUGGACUCCAUUGACCUUUGUGCUUGACAUGCUUUCAUUCUGUGAUUCUCUCUGUCUCUCUAUUGCUAUUUUCACAAUUUUACAUAAACCUCUUUAUUUGCUGCCAUAACCUUUGAAUACCUGGGUCUGAAAUACAGUACAUUUCAAGAUGUUGCCGGUAGGUAUUUUAUCACUUAUCAUUAUAAACAGUUACGGUUUAUUGUAAAGUUAAAAAAAUAAGGUACUUCUAUUUUGGUAAGGGAGAACAUUUUUGAAUCCCAACACAACAAUUUAGGGAGAUCAGUGAUUUCUCAAACAACAAGGUAAGAAAUAUGAUUCCAUACUUGGUUUUUAUAAUUUGUUUAAUGUUUUUUUAUUAUUAUACCACAUGUUUUGUGAAUUUUUCAAUUAACAAUGUUCUAAUUGUGUCUCUUCUUAGUUUGUUACGGUGGAAUUGUGUCACUGGGGAGAUGUUGAAGCAGAUAAAGAGCAUUGCAGUGAAGUUUCUGACUGGUGUGCAAGAAAUUAUGAGGCUGCGUGUAACUCAGGACUCAGGAGAAGAGGAGAGUGUGGAAGAAGUGGAGGGGGAGGAGGCAUUCAAUAAGCCCAUUGUUGAAGACAGGAACUUGGAGUUUGCCAAGAAGUGUAGCGAUUUGAUAAGUGAUGUGAAGUAUAAAGAAGAAUAUGAAAAGUCCAAGGGCAGGUGCAGUUUUGGUCCUGACACUCCUCAGUUUCAGCAUGUGAAAAAUCUUGGUGCUUUCAUUUCUGAGAGCAAAUACAAAGAAGCUGGCAAAAAAGAAUUUUCCAAUUGCCUUUAUGCACAGAUGUCCGAAACCAGUGAAACACAAUUUGCCAAAGAGUUGUCUCAGAUUCAGAGUGAGAAAAAGUACAAAGAAGAUGGCAAGAGAGAAUUUCCCAAUUGCCUUUAUGCACAGAUGUCUGAAACCAGUGAAACACAGUUUGCUAAACAGCUAUCUGAGAUGCAGAGCGAGAAAAAGUACAAAGAAGGUGGUAAACAGGACUUUUCCAGUUGUCUGUACGCGCAGAUGCCACAAACCUUAGAAACACAGUUUGCAAAAGAAGUCUCCGAGAAUCAGAGUGAGAGGAAGUACAAAGAAGCAGGCAAAAAGGAGUUUUCUAAUUGCCUUUAUGCACAAAUGUCUGAAACAACUGACACAAAGUUUGCUAAAGAAUUAUCACAGAUUCAGAGUGAGAAAAAGUAUAAGGAAGAUGGCCAAAAGCAAUUUUCCAAUUGUCUUUAUGCACAGAUGCCACAAACCAUUGACACUGUGUUUGCGAAAACAGUUUCACAGAAUCAGAGUGAGAAACUUUAUAAACAGAAGUACGAUGCUGAAAAGGGGCAAUCAGAUUAUUCCAACAUGAAGGAACCACCGGCUGUUAGACAUGCCAUUGAGGUCAAUAAGCAUCAAAGUAAUGUGUCCUAUAAGAAGGACAUGCAGGAUAUCCACAAAUAUUCAGGAACGGCUGACAGACUAGACAUCCGGAAAGCAACCCAGACAGCAAGGCUCGUCAGCGAUGUUGCAUACAAAAGCCAAAUGAAAGCAGGAGUCUACAAUAGGCAGUCAGUCUUGGGAAGAUCAGAUAUUGAGCAUGCUAAAGAGGUUUCCAAGCUCUCUAGUCAGGUGAAAUACAAAGAGGAAUUUGAGAAAGACCUGAAGGAAAGGAAGCACCAGUAUAACCCUCAGGACAGCGCUUCUUUCAAACAGGCUCAAGCUGCUUCAGUCUGGGCAAGUGAGGUACAAUACAAGACUGAUUUGCAAGAGCUACAUGAUCCUAGCUCAGACUUACCAAAUUCACUUUAUCUUGGACAUGCAUUACAGGCCAGCAAACUGCAGAGCAUGUUUGAAUACAAGAAACAGUAUGAGAAAUCCAAAGGGCACUACCACUUGGCUUUGGACACAGCUGAGCGGCUUCAUCACAAGGAAAAUGCGGUUCUUCAGAGUCAGGUGAAAUAUAAAGAAGAUUAUGAGAAAUCCAAAGGAAAGUCAAUGCUGGAAUUUGUAGACACCCAGGCUUAUCAAGUUUCAAAGGGAGUGCAGAAGAUUCAAAGCGAGAAAGAAUACAGAAAAGAAUAUGAAGAAGGAAUCAAAGGAAAGGCAGCUGUGGAUUUAGAGAUGACUCCAGGCUAUUUACACGCCAGGCACGCUACCAGCCUUCUUAAUGAGAAAGAAUACAGGAAGGACCUUGAAGAAGGUAUUAAAGGAAAAGGCCUAACGCUGUUGGAAGACACUCCAGACUUAAUCAGAGUGAAGAAUGCAGCUUGGAUAUUAAACGAGAAGGAAUACAGGAAGGACCUUGAAAAUGAAAUAAAGGGAAAAGGAAUGGAACUCAGUGCUGACAUUCCUGAUAUCCAAAGAGCUAAGAAGGCAUCACACAUGGCUAGCGAGAAGGAAUACAGGAAGGAUCUUGAAAAUGAAAUAAAAGGGAAAGGAAUACAGCUCAGCACAGGUAUUCUUGAAAUAGAGAGAGCAACAAGAGCCACCGAGAUCACCAGCCAGGUAUCGUAUAAGCAGAUGUCAGAGCUGAGACAAAAUACAUAUGGUACUGUUACAGACACACCUGAGAUGUUGCAUGCUGCGCACGUGAAGGACAUAUACAGCCAGAAAAAGUACAGAGAUGAGGCAGACAAGAUGAAGUGUUCAUUUGCUUCUGUAGCAGACACUGUAGAUAUGCAAAGAGUAAAGAACUCCCAGAAAAACAUCAGCUCGUUCCAGUACACAGCGGAUUCAAAAUUACUUAAAGGCACGGUGUCUUCUGUAGCAGACACUCCAGAGAUUAUCCUUGCCAAAGAAAACUCUAAAAGGAUUAGCAAUGUGUUCUACAAGGAGGGAGUUGGAACUGGAAUACCAGUGAGAGAAACUCCUGAGAUGGACAGAGUAAAGAAAAAUCAGCAGAAUAUUAGUAUGGUAAAAUAUAAAGAAAGCAUUGGGCAAGCAACAGCAAUCCCGGACCCUCCCGAGUUAAAGAGAGUGAAAGAGAAUCAGAAGAUCAUCAGUAAUGUGAAGUAUAAAGAUCAGGCUGGAACCGCAACCACUGUGAGCCUGACUCCUGAGAUGGAGAGAGUUAAGAGGAAUCAAGCAAAUCUCAGCUCGGUUAAGUACAACAGUGACCUGAAGGAGCUGAAAGGCAAGCCUUGUGUGAUUGUCGACACCCCAGAAAUGCGGCGUGUCCGAGAGAACCAGAACAACAUCUCUAUGGUCAGAUACCAUGAAGAUUUCGAGAAGACAAGGGGCAAAGGCUUUACCCCAGUAGUGGAUGAUCCCAAUUUCGAGAGAGUCAGGAGGAAUACCCAGGUCUCCAGCGAAGCGGCUUAUAAAGGGGUUCACCCACAUGUUGUAGAAAUGGACAGAAGACCUGGUAUCAUUGUUGACCUAAAAGUGUGGCGUACUGACCCUGGCUCCAUCUUUGACAUUGACCCCCUUGAAGAUAAUAUCCAGUCUAGAAGCCUUCAUAAGCUUUCUGAGAAGGCAAGCCGUUGUAGUAGACAGCUUUCUCAGACUCUAAGUCCUGUUGGGAUGAGUGUGGGUGAUGAGAGCUCAGAGAUAUCAGAAAAAAAACCCAGCCUUUCCUGCUACAGUGUGAACACAACCAGAACAUCUGACGAUGGAGCCCCUGUGCUUCCUGGAGCCUACCAUCAAGGGGGUCAAUCUCCAGGAUUUGGAUACAUGCAUCAGACCAGUAUUGCCUCCAUGAAAUCAAUGGGGUCACCACCACAUUCUGCAACCAUUAGGACCUACCGCGCAAUCUAUGACUAUGCAGCACAGGACCACGAUGAAGUUUCCUUCAGGGAUGGAGACAUUAUUAUGAAUGUGCAAUCCAUUGAUCAAGGCUGGAUGUAUGGUACUGUGCAGAGAACUGGUAAAUCUGGGAUGCUUCCUGCAAACUACAUUGAGACUUUGAAUUAAAGUGUUUCCAUAUGCUAAGCCUUUUUUUUUAAUUACAUACAAAUAACCUAAUAAAGGGGAGACAAGUCUAAUCAAUAUAUAUUGACAGUAUUGUAUAUUAAGCUGUUCUCUGGUAUUUCUAAUGCACUGCUAUAUGUGAUUUCUCAUAUUAGGGCACAAAAGGUUUGUAAACUGAAUAAGGCAGUCUGUAAAUGGCAUUAAAAAUAAAUACAGUACUAUUUUUUUCUGUUGCUAAUGCAAAGUCAUGCUGUGGGCUAUUUUGUAAAUCUGGCUUUAUGCUGGUGAUAUUUAAGCAGUAGGAUUGUGUUUUGGUAAAACAUGUAUUAUCUACUACACAAUUGUACCAAUGGACAAAAACACAUGUAACCAUCUCAUCGUUGAAAACCUUCACAUAGCUGUAUGCUUAGCUUGUAGACAGCAUCCGUGGAGGUUGUAUUUGUCCAUAUUUUAUUGUUUUAUUGUUGGAGUUAAUACUAUGUAAUGUAUUAUUUAAAAACCUUUUGUGCAUUUCACUAUUUUACUUUACAUAUAGUCCAAUGUGAUAAUGGAACUUCACAUAGCAACAUUGAUUGUUCUAAUGUUUAGUAAUAUGUCAUGCAAAAAUGUGUUGAUAUUUACUGUGUGUCAAGUGCGGAAAUGACUGGCACUGCACAUGCAGGAUUGUAGUUGAUUAAAUAGUACAGAUUAUUAUUUUUGCAGAAGUAUAUUUGCAUAAUUCUAAAGGAAAGGGUGCCUAUUUUAUCAGAAUGGAAUACAUUUAAGAAUGUUAGGCUUUUGAUAUGCAAAGGGUUUAUUAAUAUAGACAUAUACCAAUAUUUCAUUUCUCAGUAUGUGUUCUUAUGCACAUUCUUGUUCAGCACAGUGAAUUUUAACCGUUUGGGAUUCAUGUUGCAGGACAAAACCUUUCCCCAAUUUUAAGGUGGUGUUUUCAAAUAAAAAGGUAACAACAUUGAAUUGCAGCUGUGAUGAACAUGGUGAAAGUCUGUUAUUACAAGCGUUCAGUUGGCCCAGGCUCACAAUACUAACAUGUUGGCAGGUGACUGAAUAUUUGAAGAACAUCGAUCUGUGAUCACAUACUGUAUCUCACUGCAGAGGGCACCUUUGUUGUCAGCUUGUACUGAAGGAUGAAAGUUGUGUAUGGGGUUACAUGUCUCGCAUGAUGUAAGGGGCACCAUUGAUUGCAUGACAGCUGCAUUAACAUUGAAUAGAUUACAGGACCCACAGGCACUUAUACAGUAACCGAUUACUAAAACAGCCUGAUUCUGGCAGGCUCACAUUUUGUUUAUUUUCAAUACAGAAGUUUGCACAGAAGUGAGACAAAUUAUUGUAUGUAGAUUAAACAUAUGCCCUUCAUGAAAGUCUUUCAUAACUCAAAUAUACUUUAUGAAAUGAGACCCCUUUUGUUAUCAAAAUGUUUGUUUAAAUAUUCUAGUCCCAGUUCAAUUGUACUUGUGAUACCACUGUCCUUAGUAUACAGUAAUCCGUACUGUAACUGUUGCAUUUAAGAAUCUUCCAUAAAAUUAAACUAUUUGUUUGGCAUUUCAAUUUCUCCUCAUAUUAAAUAAUACAAUUCUUGGAACAAAGUGGUUGCAAAUAUGUCCGAAAUGAUUGAUAAAAUUCACAGUAUUGAUCCCUGGGGUGAGUAUAUUUCACAAAAGUUUCAUAUAUGUAUGUGCUGAACAAGUUUACCAAUUGUACGUUUUUCCCUGCCCUUUGUUUCCUUUGACACAUGAGUGUAAUAGACCAGCAGUGUCGGGGGUUGUUGUGCCUUGACUUGGUGGUUAGGUGUGCAUGCCCCCAUUGCAGUGUAAUAAUAAAAUCUGAGCAUUGGAUUAGUUCAUGUCAAAUAAAAGACUAUCCACUGUGUGUGACCAUUAUUGUAAUUAGCAUUCUCAGUGUUACAUUGAAUAGAACUAAAGAGACUUUCUUGUGUUUUAAUUAUAUAACAAGUGGACGUUGCUCUCCCAUUCUUUUCUUUGGAGGUCAGCCGUGCUUUAUUUGGAAUUCCAUUAUUAAAUAAUAACAUAAUGGCUGAUCUUCAAAGAAAACAAUGUGAGUUUAGUGUGCAAUUGUUGUAUAAUGAAAAUUGAAUAAAAGACAGUUCUUCUGACACAAAUAACUUCGCUGUUGCCAUGGUCGCUCCAGCCCUCAAGUUAAAUAAAUAACUAUAAUAGUGUAAUAGUGAUAAACUGAUAAUGGCAUUGCUAUGGCUUGUUCCUCGGCAAUAAUUAUUACCUCGGGAGUUCCAUUAUUACCUUGUAACAAGCAACAAUUAUCCACUGAAUUUUUGUUUUCCUGUUGGCCAAAUUUUAUCUAUCUAUCUAUCUAUCUAUCUAUCUAUCUAUCUAUCUAUCUAUCUAUCUAUCUAUCUAUCUAUCUCUCUCUCUCUCUCUAUAUAUAUAUAUAUAUAUCUCAAUAUAUAUAUCAUUUGGCCAAUAUACUGUAGAUAGGUAGAGAUAUCUAUCGAUGUCUAAUACAAAUAAAAAGUUUAUUUUUAUGUAAAAUGCUGUACAACAUCCAGUGUAAAACCAUUUUAAAAUAAAGUGUCAACAUUA